UGAAGGCGAACACAGCUCUGCGCAUGCGCACAGUGCAUAGCAACAUUCUAGGGCAACGGAGGUAACGAGGGGCACGUUCAUGCGCAUUUCUGGGACGAAAAGAGGCCCAGAGAUAAAUCAGCCCAACAGCCUGUAGGAAUCAUGGGGAGCGUGUUCCUGCCGGCGGACGCGGCCCACUCGGUGCUGCGGCGGCUGCGCAGGGCCAACUUCUUGCUGGAGGAAAUGAAGCAAGGCAGCAUUCAGAGGGAGUGCCGCGAGGAGGUCUGCACCUACGAGGAGGCUCGCGAGGCUUUCGAGAACGACGAGAAGACGAAACGUUUCUGGGAAGAAUACGUGCGGGAGAGCAGUCCAUCCGGAGGGCUGGAGACGGUGGUCGGAGGAGUCCACUCGCUCUACCUGAUUGUGCCGUUGCUGCUGGUCGUGCUCAUCAUCGUCGCGGUGGCCAUCACGGUGUGGCGCUGCCACUCCCGCAAGCGCUCGCAGCGCAGCCCCAGCCUGGGCCACUCGCAUCACGACCACGUCUUGUCUGUGGUCUCCAUGGACCAUUGGGGGAGGGAUUACCACCACGGUGACCAAUCAGAACUCAGCGUCCACAGCAGCCCAGCGUAUCCGGGCUCGGAGCUCACGUCGGGGAGAGGGAGCGCCGGAGACCCGCCGCCGUCCUAUGAGGAGGCCGUGGGCCAAUCCGACGUCCAGAUAGAGACAGAGCCGCCUCCACAGUACGAGGAUAUAGUCAACACCAAUGCUUCUAGUGUCAACGGUGGUCAUGGAAAGUAAACAUCGGCCUCACCACCACCCUAACAAAAGCCCUAAGCUACACUAAGGCCAUCUGAUUAUUUAGCAGUGUCACUAUUGUGGUAUCACCAGCCCUCCGCAUUCAACACAGAAACACUUCUGGUCAAUGGACUAAUGCAAUCUUUGCCGGACCCAGCCCUGUUGAAACUUUUCAUCAAUGAGGUGAGUUGAUAGCAGGAUGGAUAUUGCAAUACCACAACCAGCCAGCUGUGCUGAUCUUCCUCAAGUUGCAUUUAUGCUGUCACACUGUAGCAAAUCAUCUAACUCAUCAGGCAUAACAAGGUUCCUUGUGAUGUGAAAGAAAGAAAGAAAGAAAAGGGUUCUGAUUGCCACAGUGAAGGACGAGUGUAAAGGGGGUUGGAUCAAUGCUUUAUUGUCAUUAUUUUUCAGACGGCCUGUAGCAGAUAUUUUGCAACUAUUUAAAGGAUAUGUAUUCAAGUGGAUUGUUGUCGCGAAAAUAAGAAUUGUGUUUAGUGCAAGAAUAUUGUUUCACACGAUUCAGAAACGGCAUUUUAAAAACACCAAUUCCAGAGAAAUCAAAAUGUAAUUAAUGAAUUGUUGACCACUAUGGGGCAGAAAGAGAAAAACCUGCUUAUGACAUUUAAAGUGUCAAACUCUGCUGCUGAUACUUCAAGUCUCCCUUUGAAAUCUGGAGCACUGGCAUAUCAGCAAACGCCAAAAAUGGAAACACGAGUGCCAGCUCGGCAGUUUGUGGUUUUAUUUGAUUUGGACAAGGGGGGGGUGGAGAGGGAAGCCACAGGCAGAGGAGUGUGAGCCAGCUUGUUGCAAGGCAGCAAAUCUGUAGAGACUGCUGCUGUUGUUGUGCGUGUGCUGUGACGCUUGGCCCACAGGGGAAGAAUGCCACAAAGAGCGGCACCUGUUGACGCCCCAUAUUCAGAUUUCACGAUAGUUCUCCCUCAGUAAGACCUGGACUCUGUGACAAAACACAGCCGGAUCAAGUGGGCGGUAAAGAAAACGGUUUUAAUCUUGCAAAUAUACAAUUUGCACUAAUGAUAAUCUCAGCCAUCAUUGACCCUGCACGGACGCAGCGUUAUCCCUCAAUACGGGAUGUGUAUUUUCAUCCCAGCAGCUAAUACAAGCCCGACAUUUACGUUUUAACUUUGAUUUGGUGAGCACCUAAUGACUGGGUCUUUUAUCUUGUGAAAUACAAAAGAAUCAUUAAUGUACUUCUUGCGGUUUUGUGCACGGUGUUACUGGGGUUUGGGUUAUUGAGGACUGUAAAUACAAAAAAUAAUUUAACGUAAAUGGUUUAAAAUAAGGGGGGUAAAAAGGGAACAUUGAAACCCAGGAAUUUAUUAAAGCGGAAGCCAAACAGUCAAAACUGUGUUGAGCUACAAAUUUGGGUUUUCCGCAUUUCAAUCUGUCAUUUUAGUCAUUGUUUAUACCAAUAAUAUCAGGUAAUGCAGGUUUAAAUUGUCAAGUUGCCAAACUAGUGUGGUCCAACUUCUGUACUGUUUUAAUAUUCAACCCUUGACCAGCAGUAAAGUGUGUUGGGGGGUGGGGGGGGGGUGAGGAAAUGUGUGUUUAGUGUAAAUGUGUCAUACGUGCUUAUAUUUUGGUAAUGCAUGUAGCUUAGUCUGUACACCUGCGGGCGGAUUUGGCUCUGCACUGUUUGCUGGCGCAUCUCCUACUCUGAGCUGUGGAGAGUUGCUUUGACUGAAAAUCUCUCCCGAUUCUUUCCUUAAUGCAAAUAUGAGCACCUAGGAAAACGAGUCUUCUGCUGUUCCACUUUCACUAAAAGCCCACUGAUAAAUCUUUUAGAUGUACAUGUAAGUUGCGGAGGGACUUGCACACGAAUGCUGGACAGCGAGCCAUAUGACCACAAGCUUUGUGGGGGGGGGGGGGGGGGGAGAUUCUGUAUUUAAUAACACUAUGGAAAGAGUUCACACUUAGCAUGUCUUACGUACCCAUAUAUAAAUAUGUAUAGUCUUUACAUGUGAAAGUGAGAUAUGGUGAGAUUGUUUUUACUGCAUAGGAAUGCAGCCAUUUGCUAAUGGUGUGACUAGUAUACAGUAGGAUGUGGUUACAUUAAAGCUCAAUAUGGGCUGUUUGAUGAAAUAUAGGACAGUCUGGGUUGACAUCUUCAGCGUCACUCUCGGCCAUUACCAUGGCGACGUCGCUGUAAACCUGAAAAAAAAAAGUGCUCAUGCUCUAUAUGCAAUUUUCCUGCAUACAUUCUGAAAACCAAAAAUAUCUCUAAUGUUCAGAUACUGAUGAGUGUCACAUUUUGUCAGCUCACCGGGGAGCACUGAUUAUUAUUCUUUGUGAGCUGACCUGUGAACCUCAGCUCUAUGACCUUUGAACUACGCUGUGCUGGUGGGGGAGUUAAGCCUUCCUGUCUAGGUCAGCUGUUGUACUUGUAGAGCUCUUAUUUUGUUUUUUACAAUGCCUUAUUAAAAAAAACUAAAUGUUAUAUAACACUAAAUGCAAGAUAACUUGUUAUAAAUCCUUUAUGUGUGGAAUGUUGAAUUAAUUUGUAAUAAAAAGUGCUAAAUGUUA